GUCGCUCUCUACGCUGGCUCAUUGCAAAGCGGAAAGUAUCUUUGCUCUCUCGCGGUUGACUCUAUCUCCGGUGGGUCGGUGAAUAGCUGGUUUCUGCCGAUAAAGCCUGACUUGCAGCCUCAAAAGGGUAGCACUGGCUUUAACAGAAGCGAGGUUUGUGGGCUGUAUGCUUCAUAGCUCAUCUUUGAAGUAGCACAACCAUGGGCGUGGAGGUCGAGACAAUAUCUCCCGGUGAUGGAAGAACAUUUCCAAAGAAAGGCCAAACAUGUGUUGUUCAUUACAUAGGUAUGCUGCAGAAUGGGAAAAAGUUCGACUCCUCUCGAGACAGGAACAAGCCCUUUAAGUUCAAGAUUGGCCAUAAUGAGGUCAUCAAGGGCUGGGAAGAAGGAGUAGCACAGAUGAGCCUGGGCCAGAGGGCUAAAAUCACCUGCACACCAGACAUGGCUUAUGGAACAACAGGCCACCCCGGAGUCAUCCCCCCAAACGCCCCCCUUAUUUUCGACGUGGAGCUGCUCAAGCUGGAGUGAUGCCAGGGCUAGAACGCAAAGGCUGAAGGUUAACGAGGCUGCAUUCACCGUAACCCGUUUCCCCAGGGAGACCGUACCCGAGCCACCCGCUCGUUUUCUCUGUUUUUACAGUCGUCUUCUUCAGUUCGGUAUAUAAACGUAUCGCCUGCUGCUUCAUUGCCAACGUGUCAAGCUAGAUACCGCAAGGAAAUGUUCACGUUGUACAAGACUUUUACACACACACACACACAUUUUGGUUUGUUUGUUACAUAUGCUUUUUUUGUUGAAUUUCGUUUAAUGUUGUAAAUUUUGUUGAUCCAAGAGGAAAUCCGUUCUCUUUGAAAAGCCGUACUACAUUGCAAUCAAAACAUAUAUUGCCUUACAGUUUGAACAACGGAGGGGAGGGUACAUGGGUCAAAAGUACAAUGUCUACUCUGUAUUAACUGGGCAUUAUAUACCGCUGUCUGCAUUGCCACUUUGAUAAAGGCUUGUCCUGCUGAAUGCUUGGAAUGAUGUUGCUAUGUUUGGUAUAUUUUAUAAUCCUCAUGAACAUUUACUGCAAGUGUACCCUAUACAGUCAAACCCAGUCCAAUACUGUACAGAACUCUUUAAGAGCAAUUGCUACUAUGACAGUUUGGUUAACUCUUGAAUAAAG